AUGUCCGAGUCAGACUACAUGUCAGACGAAUCAGAGGGAUUCAUUCUCCCCAAGAAGAAGCCUUCCGCCACCAAGCCAAAAGCCGCUGCCAAGCCCAAGGCUGCGGCCGGAGCCAAGGCGGGUGCCUCAAAGUCUAACAAUGCUGCUGCCAGGCCCAAGAAGCAGCCUCUCGCAAAGCGCAACAGCAAUGGUGCUGACAGCGACAUCGACGUCAGCAUGGUGGACAGCGAGGCCGAUGUCUCAUUUCAGCCGCCUGUGCCUGUCAAGUCAGCCAACAGCAAGAGCGCAUCCGAGACCUACCAAAAGCUCUCGCAGCUUGAGCAUAUCCUCAAGCGUCCCGAUACCUACAUUGGCAGCGUCGAAAAGCACACUGAAAAACUCUGGGUCUUUGACAAGUCCAAAAAGCAGAUGGUCUAUCGCGAGACCACCUACGUACCUGGUCUCUACAAGAUCUUUGACGAGAUUCUCGUCAACGCCGCCGACAACAAGGCGCGUGAUUCCAACAUGACCGCGCUCAAGGUCGAGAUCAACCGUGAAGAGGGUUCCAUCAUGGUCUGGAACAACGGUCACGGUAUCCCCGUCGAGAUGCACGAAAAGGAACGCGUCUACAUCCCCGAGCUCAUCUUUGGUCACCUCCUCACCUCGUCCAACUACGACGACAAUGAAGCUAAAGUCACCGGUGGCCGUAACGGUUACGGUGCCAAGCUCGCCAACAUCUACUCGACCGAGUUCACCGUCGAGACUGCCGACUCCAAGAACCAAUGCAAGUACAAGCAGACCUUCACCAAAAACAUGCACGAAAAGGGCAAGCCCAAGAUCACUAAGCACAGCAAGAAUGACGAGUACACCUCGAUCACCUUCAAACCUGACCUCGCCCUCUUCGGUAUGGACGCCAUCGACGACCACAUGGAAGCGCUUAUGCUCAAGCGUGUCUACGAUAUGGCAGGUACCGUCAAGGGAAUCAAAGUCACGCUCAACGGUGAACUGCUCAAAAUCAAAAACUUCAAACAGUACGUCGAGAUGUACGUCUCUGCCAUCAACGAGCUCGGAGGCAAAGCCGACAACGGCGAAGAGGACGCUGCCGGCUUGCCCACAAGUGCUGCUCCCAAGCCGGCUAUCAUCUACGAGUCCACCGUGGACAAGGGUCGCAAUUGGGAAGUUGCUUUUGCCGUCUCAGAUGGUGAGUUCCGUCAGGUGUCGUUCGUCAACAACAUUGCCACCAUCAAGGGUGGCAAGCACGUCGACCAUGUCGCGGACCAGGUCAUCUCGCGCCUCAUCGAACAUGUCAAGAAGGACAAACAUACAGGCAAGGUCAUGCCGAAUCAGGUCCGACAACAGCUCUGGGUUUUCGUCAACUGUCAGAUCGUCAACCCCACCUUCGACGGACAGACCAAGGAGACGCUUACGCUCAAACAGAGCGCAUUUGGUAGCAAGUGGACGCUCACCGAUGAGUUUGCCAGAAAGGUGAUCAAGUCGGGUGUCGUCGACAACAUUGUCAGCUUUGCGCGCUUCAAGCAGGAUCAGGCGCUCAAGAAGACCGAUGGCCACAAGCGUACCAGAAUCACCAACAUCCCAAAGCUCGAAGAUGCCAACAACGCCGGUGGCAGGAAGGCCAAGGACUGUACACUCAUCCUCACCGAAGGUGACUCGGCCAAGUCGCUCGCCGUGGCCGGCAUCGUCGAAGUCGGAAGAGACAACUACGGUGUCUUUCCUCUCCGUGGUAAGCUGCUCAACGUGCGCGAAGCGUCCCACGACCAGAUCAUGAAGAACGCCGAAAUCAAGGCCAUCAAGGAGAUCCUCGGCCUCCAGCAUGGCAAGCAGUACCUCGACACCAACAGCUUGCGCUACGGCAGUAUCAUGAUCAUGACUGAUCAGGAUCACGAUGGUUCGCACAUCAAGGGUCUCAUCAUCAACUUCCUCGACCAUUUCUACCCCUCGCUGCUCAAAAUUCCUGGCUUCCUUGUCGAAUUCAUCACGCCCAUCGUCAGGUGCAGGAAGGGUAAGCAGGAUAUCUCGUUCUUCACGAUCCCCGAGUAUGAGACCUGGAGAGACGCUCACAAUGGCGGCAAGGGCUGGCACAUCAAGUACUACAAGGGUCUCGGUACUUCUGAAUCACAAGAUGCCAAGAGGUACUUUCGUGCACUCGAGAAGCACAAGCUCGCCUUUGAUGUCACCCGAGACGGCGAUCGCGAGCUGAUCGAUCUCGCGUUCAACAAGAAAAAGGCCGACGAUCGAAAAGAAUGGCUCCGACAGUUCCGUCCAGGCACUUACCUCGACCACAACACGGACAGAAUUCCGUAUGCAGAUUUCAUCAACAAGGAGCUCAUCCUUUUCUCGAUGGCAGACAAUCUGCGAUCCAUCCCUUCGGCCAUCGAUGGUCUCAAGCCUGGUCAGCGAAAGGUCAUGUAUGUCAUGUUUGACCGCAAGAGCAACUCCGAGUUGAAGGUCAACACGCUCGUCGGUAACGUGUUGGGUCAAGCCGCCUACCACCACGGUGAAGCAGCGCUUAGCAUGACGAUUGUAGGUCUCGCGCAGAACUUUGUGGGCAGCAACAACGUCAACCUGCUUGAACCCAGGGGCCAAUUCGGUACUCGUUUGCUUGGAGGUAAGGAUGCUGCCUCGGGUCGUUACAUCUUCACAGCGUUGCCCAAGAUCGCGCGCGCCUUGUUCCCUGCAACAGAUGAUGCGCUGCUCGACUACCUGGAAGAUGAUGGUCAGAAGGUGGAACCUCACUGGUACAUCCCUGUUGUACCUCAGGUGCUGCUAAACGGCGCCGAAGGUAUUGGCACGGGUUGGUCCACUUCAGUUCCCAACUACAACCCGCACGAGAUUGUUGCGAAUCUGCGCCGACGCAUGGCGGGCGAAGACGUGGUCCCCAUGAAGCCUUGGUACCGUGGCUUCAAUGGUGAUGUGGAAGAGUUUGGUCCUGGCCGAUUCAAGAUCAGCGGGCGUGUCACGCAGAUCGACGAAAAGACAUACGAGAUCACCGAGCUGCCCAUCCGCACUUGGACGUCCAACUACAAGGAGUUGCUCGAAGAACGUAUCGUGUCAUCGGACAAGAUUCCAGCAACCAUCAAGGACUACAAGGAGUACCACACCGAGUCGACUGUCAACUUUAUCGUCGAGCUCACAGCCAAGGGUCAGGCCGAGAUUGCCGAUAAGGGCGUCGAGGCGUUUUUCAAGCUUUCGUGCCAGAUCUCAACCACCAACAUGGUGCUCUUCGAUCAGGACGGCAAGAUCAAAAAGUACACGUCUGCUGAAGAAAUCCUGGAAGAAUUCUACCUGUUGCGUCUCUCGUAUUACCAAAAGCGAAAAGAGUACUUGGUGGACCAGCUCAAGUUGAUGUAUGACAAGCUUUCGAACCAGGCACGCUUCGUGCAGAUGAUCAUCUCGCGACAGCUCGUCGUGUCGAACCGCAAGCGCGCCGACAUUGUGGCCGAGUUGCGCCAAAAGGAUUUCCGUCCCUUCCCGAAACAGGGCAAAGCAUCGAUUGCAGCUGAGCCCGAGGACGACGAGGCGAUCGACGACGAAGACAUCUCGGCCGACUCGGACUUUGACUACUUGCUCAACAUGGCCAUCUACAAUUUGACCAAAGAGAAGGUUGACAAGCUGCUCAAGGAGCGCGACCACAAGGAAGAAGAGCUCAAGAUCCUCAUUGGACGAUCGCCUCAGAACUUGUGGGAUGAGGAUCUUACCAAGUUCAUCGAGCUCUGGGAGGAGAUGCUGGCCGAGGACGAUCGUCGACUCAAGGAUGUUGUGACUAAGGUGAAGAAGGGCAAGCAAAGUACCAAAAAGACAUCUGCCAAGAGCGGCGCUGCUGCACGACGUGUGCUCAAGAAGCCGAUCAACUCGGAUGGCGAAGAGGAAGACGAUGGCAUGGAUGAUUUUGGUGGCGAUGAUUCCGAAGACGACUUUAAGCCGUCGACAGCAGCUGCCAAAAAGAAAGCGGCUGCUCCUGCUAUGCGUGCGAGCCCGGCUAGAAAGCGCGCCGCUGCAGAUGCAAUGGACGACGACGACAUGGCGCAGCUUCUUAGCACAAGCGCAGCUACGAAAAAGUCGCGUGCUAGCGGCUCUGCCUCCAAGUCGGCCACUGUAUCGCGAGCUACUACACCUCAAAUCGUCGAGAUCAUCGACGACGACGAUGAGAAUGACAAGAAGGUGGCGCCGAUCUUUACCAAGGCGAGCGCGGGAGCAAGCACUAAACCGGCUGCGGCCAAGAAGGCGGCUGCGCCUAUAAGGACGGCAGCAGCAUCGGUAAGCAAGUCGGAAGAGUCUCGCAAAGCAUUCAGCCUGUCUGAUUCGGAAGACGACACAAUCGCCAUGCCAGCCAAGAACAAGAAGCGCGCUGGCGCUGCCAAGCCCGCUGCUGGCAAGAAGGCUGCAGCUGGCCUGGGUCGCAAGAAGGCGGUCGCCGCAAAUGGCUCUGACAACGAAGACUCGUUUACCAUCGACAGCCCCGACGUCUCUGCGGCGCCGACUCGCACUUCUGCGCGCUCACGCAGUGCAUCUGGUAAGAUGAGCUACAAGGUGGACAAUUCCGAGGACGAGGAUUUCUGA